GCGGACGGAUCCGCCCAUCACGUUUCUUGUGAACACGAUAUCUCAAGAAAGCCUUGAAGUUCUUCAAUUUGGUUCAAACUUUUAAUUGGACUGAAGGAUUAACUGAUUAGAUUUGAGUGGUCAAAGGUCGCGGUGACCUCAUAUGAGUCUGGAAUAAGAAAUGAUGGAGACUGAAUCUGCACUGGUUGGUGUAGGCGUCCAACAGCAGGACAUUAAAUAUAGAUUGUUGCUAAUUAAGUUUUGAAUAUUUAACCUGACAAAGAAAUACAAAAGAUAAGAAGCUUUAAUUUAUACAUAGAAACUUAAAAUGAUGUAUUUAGGGGAUCCAGCUCUAACCAUUUGUCCAAAACAUAGCUCAGCAAACUUAAUGGCUUCUUUCCCAAACCCCAUUAUCCCUUAUUCGUAUAACCUUGUCAAUCACAAUCAACCAUAACAUCAGCAUCCAGAUGUGUGGGUUUUCUCAUUAAUGCAACUUGAUCCCUUUAAGGGGAACGUGCAGAAUGGACAACAUCUGUCUCUGCUCCGUUCCUGCUCUUUGUUUUUUCAGCACCUCAUUCAUCACACUAGACACACGGCCAUCCAUUAUACUCCAAUGUUAAAUAAAAGGCCAAAAGAGUCAGAAAGACAGAAAGAAAGAAGGAGGGAGCGAUCAAACUCAUUUAACUUUUGGGGAAUCUAAGCUCAUGAGAAAAACUUGUCCCGUAUCUUAUUACUAAAACGAAUAAAAGACAUUUCGCUGCUCAUUUUUAAUGGGAAGAGCCUCUGAAAUUCACCUUUGACCUCCUCUGUAGUCAAGAAGUGACAGGAAGGAUAGAAGGAGAGAAAAAGUUCUAGUAACAACAAAAUAUCCUGUUUGGGAAUUCAUGGCAGAUGGUUUUUAAACCUCACUGAGGUUCCACAGCCUCGCAGGCAUGAGCUAGAGAGAGAGGAGAAAACAGGAGAGGAGACAGGGCAGACGUAGCAAAGUGGAAAACAACGUACAGAACUGUGCUUGAACACAUUCAUACGGAAUGUGUCGGAGUCACAGACGGGGUGAAAGGGUUAAGAAUGGAAGCACAAGACACAAAGAACAGAUGUAAGGCACCGGAGGGAAAGUGCAAGUCAAACUGUAUACUUUUGGGAAAUGUAGCGUAGCCAGAUGGCUCUGAGCUGAGAACAGUCUCAUCUUUGGUCCCACGGUCCAGGACAGGCAGUCCCCCAGGCAUGACAGGCCUGGCACAGCGGAACAGGAUCAAACCCUCGAGAUGGAUGAGUUUUUUUCGUCCAGGUCACAGAGAACAGAGAAGUGCAGCGAGGAAGGAGUCGAAGGUAACAAAGUGGAAAGGAGACUCAGGUAUCUGUCAACAAGGUCUUGCAUAUGGAUGCAGAUCAUGUGCGGUUGAAAGCAGUUGUAGAACUACGAUAAACCACCAACAGGGGCUGUGCUCGGUUAGAGUGCAGGAGAAAUGGUAGAAACGUCGCUGACAUGCCCACUCGCUUCCCUGGAGACAAUAACCUGCCGUAUUUCUUGUUUUCACACUUGGACUUUUCUCUAUUUUGCAAUGCUCCUGUAAAAGCACCUUAAAUGUCAAUUCAUCAUGUCGGCAUAUUCAGAAUUGUGUCAUAUUUACAUUCUGGUUAUUGUGUCAGCUGGUUUCAGUCCUUUGUCUCCCUUCUACUGUCUGUCCUCACAUAUACUGUAUUUUAAUUUCAGCCUGAUUCCAUUACAGCUGUUCUUCUUUUGCAGUUUCUGUUGUUGGCAAUAGAACAAGUUAUUUAAUGUGACCAAGUCCCGACCCUUUAAGACCACGGGGCAAUACUGGCGACUGUCCAAAAAAAGAAACUGCAGCGUGGUCACUCAUUCAGUCAAGACAGUGUCAGAUUUCACUUUGUCUUUUAAAAGCCUGUUACAACACUUUACUUUGUGCUUCAGUCAUAAAGCUUCUCUGUGUCGAGACCUUGUACGUCCAUCACAGAGAUAAUGUGGGGAGCAGAUUUCUCACUGGAACAAGUGAGUGAUGCGCUGAAGCAAAAAGCAAAACUCUGUCAACUUCAUAUUGAUGAUUAAUGGAUUUAUUUUACUUUCAGCGUAUAUAUAUAUAUAUAGCUACACUAUCAUUUUUCUGUUUCCAUUAACAGAAUGUGUUUGGGUUUUGGACAGGCGCCGAAAGCAAGUUUGACAAGUUGGAGUUUUGUAACUUUUUGAUUUUGUCUUUAUUUUAAUUUACUUUUAAACUAGACUGUCACUCAUAUUUUCAUCAAGGCCCGACUUUCUAAUUGAAUUCAGUCAAGCUGCACCAAAUUUUACACACUCAAAGACAUCAUACGUCUAAAUAUGCCAGUUUUUAUUUCCUAGGAAAAUGAUGAAAAUGCCCCAAAAACUCCUGACCCAGACAACAUCCUUCCUUUUUUUGUCUUCUCUGUUUUUUUGUAUUUGUAUUUGUAUAAUUAUAUAAUUAUUUAUGUUUAGUUGACAGGACUGACAUCUGUUUUUUCUCAGUGCUGCAUCUCUGUGAACGGCCUGAAUCCGUCCUGACACAGGCAAAUGGUGCAGAGGCUCCUCACAGCAUGGAGAGGAUGAGGAGCAAGAUGAAGAUCAAACAGCCGCAGCACAGAUCACAGCGGAGCAUCACAGGUCACAUACGACAUCACAGACUAAACGUAAAAGGAUGUGCAGUUGAGUCGAUCUCUAAAUAUAACUCCUGUAUCUGCACUGAUUUACACUCACAUGAGUGAUCCCACAGUUAAAAUGCCGCGGCUGUGUGAGUGAUGUAGAAACUCAGGUUUGUCCGAGGCUUUUUUCUUUGGUCUGUGAAACUGAGGAGACGGGAACAUUUUCUAAUUUUCCUCGAGGAUAAACAAGCUUAGCUGCCCUUUCUUCGCCUACCGCUCCCCUGUGGAGCGCACGUCCUCCUCUGCUUACGCUGACAUUUCUCCAUCUGAAGAUCAAGUCCACAGAUGGUCUGAUCGCUCGUUUCUUUUUUUUUUCCACAUCCUGUUCUCGCUCUGCAGUUUUAUUUUGGAUUCAUUAGUUUGGUGAAGGAGACAGGUUCUUGUGGCUGUGAGUUUUUUUUUUCUUCUUUUCUCUGCCUGUUAGGAGUUUGUAUGACUGCAAGGCACCCAUCAGUCUCUGUGUCCGUGUGUGGGUGUGUACAUGCUGUCUGUCAUGAUGGAGGACGCAGCCGACCUAGUGUCGUGUUACGUGCAGCGAGGACAUUAGUUGCCGUUGCGGUGGAGCCAGACGACGUGAAAGCUGAGCGGUAAACUGAUAAGCAACGACGAAGACUCAACUCAGAGGAAAGAGGACGAUGACAGGAGGAGUCUUUACCUGCUGAUCCCAUCUCCUCAGCUGCAGUAGGUGACUCUGAGUUGGUGGAACAGAGAGAUUCAAAUGACGCCACCUCUAAUUCGGCUCCUAAACCGAACACUUGGACUCCAUUCUAGCUUCUCACACUAUUAAUCUUCUUGUGGAAGCCGUUUCCUGCUCCCAGGUGAGCUCCCAUGCGCACGGACACUGCUGCGCUUGUCGUCACCUUUACGCAAACUUGAACUUGGGCACCCGGUGGAGUCUCCUCCGUUGUGCACCGCGGCUUUGACUCCCUCCCUCCCCUGCUCCUCCUGCUCCUCCUCCUCCUCCUCCUGCAGCAGCAGCACCACUAACCGAGCUGUAACGGGACACUUUCAUCGCACCGAGCCUCCAACCCCGCUGCCAUCUCUGGCGUGUCCGGACUCCCCUGCGCGCCUCCCACCGGCUCGGAUGAUGCGGAUCCCGGAGAGGUGUGUGUGGCUGUUAUUGUGAUUCUUUAACAUGUGUCGCUGGGGAAUGGUCGCUGACAGCCUGAUCCGCUGCUGAGGGAUCGGAGGGACCGCGAGGCACCAACGGGGGGGAUUUCUCACCGGGCUGGUCUCGGACGUGUGGAGUCAGGAUGUGGCUGCUUGAUGGCACCACGUGUCCAGGCCCUCCCUAAUCCUGCCGCGGCGACACAGACAAUCCCGCCUCAGUCCCUGGACACAUCACAUUCGGCUCCUUGACUUAUCUUGUGUAGCUAUCAGCCAAUGAUCAAUCCUAACGCACUCUCUCUAUUCGGGCUUUCCUUCUCCAGACUCUCGCUUCAGCCCAGGAUUACCCACUGAUGUGAUGCUGAAUCCUGAGGCACCAGCUGAGUCUACUGCGGACCUCUGACAGCAACUUCAAACCCACUCCCGCUCCGAUGUGACAGCGGGUUUCUUGGCUCCCCUUCUUGGGUUUUUUGCUCUGUUGGUUGGAAUCUAAAGCCAUAGCUCAUCUGUCACUGAGGGAAGAAAACUCCUUUGCUAUCAGGGAGCGGUGAGACCAAAGACACUGGAGUCAAAACUACAGCUAUUUUGUUGUUCAGUCAAACUGAGCUGUGGCAGCAACAUUUUUCUCAUGGACAAGUUUUAAUGUGAGUCGCUGCAGCACAGAAGGGACUGUUGUGUCCUGGGACUAAAAAGUUGUUUGGCCUCCUUCUGCCAGCAUCACCUGGUUUAAGCUGCCCAGUCCGGAGCAGCGUGCUUUCCAGAUGCCGCCAUGCCCAUCAUCAGCAACGCCAACCAUGACUUCAGCAAUCUGUCCGUCAGCGAUGACAGCAGUCUCGACCGCAUCUUCACCGAGAUCCCUGAGACCGAGACGAUCAAGGGUGUGUACUACCAGAGGGCUCAGUUCAUCAAGCGGCCAGAGGACCUGGUGUCGGUCGACCACGGCCUGUUGGCAGUGAUAAACGUUGGGGGGAAUCGCUACACCUUCCCUUGGAGUACCCUGGAGCAAUUCCCCCUCACCCGACUUGGCCGACUCUCUGGCUGCCGGUCCCCCGAGGACAUCGCCAGUGUCUGUGACGACUAUGACGAAACUUACAAGGAGUUCUUCUUCGACCGCUCACCGUCCGCCUUCAGGGUCAUCCUCAACUUCCUGGCCGCGGGGAAACUGCGCAUUCUGCGGGAGAUGUGCGUCCUGUCCCUGCACGAUGAGCUGACCUACUGGGGUGUGGAGAUGACAUACAUGGAGCGCUGCUGCAAGAGGAAGAUGUACACGCGCAUCGAGGAGGUGAACGAGCAGGAGCGUCGCGAGGAGGAGUGCAGACAAAGAAAUGCCAUGCAGCGAGUGCCGGUGGAGGAGACAAACUACCGUAAGGUGAUGAACUGGCUGCGAGAUACGAUGGAGAAUCCACAAUCUGGUUUACCGGGGAAGAUCUUCGCCUGCAUGUCGGUGAUCAUGGUUGUGGUGACUGUUGUCAGCUUGUGCAUCAGCACCAUGCCCGACCUCAGAGAGGAAGAAGACAGGGGCGAGUGUUCCACCAAGUGCUACAACAUGUUCAUCAUAGAGACGGUGUGUGUGGCCUGGUUUUCCCUGGAGUUUGUCCUGCGCUUCAUUCAGGCCCCCAGCAAGCUGGACUUCCUCCGCGGGCCACUCAACAUCAUUGACGCCAUGGCCAUCCUUCCCUACUACGUCUCCCUGGUGGUGAGUGAGGAGGACCCGGACCUGGAGCAUGAGCGGCCAGGAGGAGGUAAGGGCUACUUAGACAAGCUUGGCCUUGUGUUGAGGAUCCUGCGGGCGCUGAGGAUCCUCUACGUGAUGCGCUUGGCCCGCCACUCUCUCGGCCUGCAGACGCUCGGGCUGACGGUCAGGCGCAGCACCCGGGAGUUCGGCCUCCUCCUGCUUUUCCUCUGCGUGGCCGUCACCCUCUUUUCCCCGCUGGUCCACUUGGCCGAGAGCGAGCUCACGGGCACCCAUGACUUCAGCAGCAUCCCCGCCUCCUACUGGUGGGCUAUUAUCUCCAUGACAACCGUAGGCUACGGCGAUAUGGUACCAAGGUCCAUUCCAGGGCAGGUGGUAGCGCUGAGCAGCAUCCUCAGUGGGAUCCUCAUCAUGGCCUUCCCUGCUACCUCCAUCUUCCACAUGUUCUCUCGCUCCUACCAAGAGCUCAAGAUGGAGCAUGACCGAUUGUUUAAGGAAGAGUGCGCGGCUGCCGCAGCUGCUGCCGCCGCCUCCGGGGAGCUGCCGGAGGCGGCAGGGGAGGGAGGGGUUGGGGUCUCAGCUCCACCUGGUCUGGGAUUACAUCUAGACAAGCAGACUGUGCACUCACUGGAGUCGCUGGCUCUGCUGGGGAAAGGUGGAGACGCUGCAGGAAAUAACAACCACAGCCUUCCACCAGCAGCUUUCUGAGCAGCGCUCGCACUGACUGACUGAAUCCAAAGCUUCCAAGAACAUGCGCGUCCCUUAAUCUCUAUCUUAUAUACUGUAAAACUACUGCAAAUGACUACUGCUCCAAAUGCCUCACUCCCCGCGUGGCUAUGAAGCAUCUGUGUUGCAUUGGAUAAGAGGAGAUUACACAUACAGCAUUUCCUUUGCUCUUCAUCUGAUGAUAGGGAGCACAAGUGCGCACACUGCUGACUGCACAGAAACUGAAAGACAUGAAACCCUUUAAAUUGGAUGGUUCAGUCUGUCUGACCAGAAAGCCUCCGCAGCAAUAUUAUUAACUGGUUGCUUCCAUAAACAUGCAAUAGUCAGUCCAAAGUUGCUUUUCCUUCCACUGUGAAAAUACCUAAAAGCCCAACUGCAACGUUCAGUUUUAUUCACAUUACUUUUUAAUAUGUUGCCUGCAGUAUGACCUGGAAAUGUGUCUCUACUGUAUAUUCUACUUUUCUGCCAUGAAUUCAAAGAAGUGCUCCUCUUUUAGUUUAUUUUUUGAGAAGCUUGAAGCCAUGUUCUGAGAAGAAACGUUAACAAACCGAUAGUUUUGUCUCUUAAAAGACGUAUAUCCAUCGCUCCUUUAUGUAUCUCCUGUGUGCGUGGACUCUCUGUUGUGAACUCCAGGUAAACUGAGCGAGGAUGCUGCAGAUGCCGUGAUCCAGACUGUUUUUGUUUUUUAAAUCAGUUGAUGAGGAAAUGAAGGGAUGGAGAGAGCGAGAGAGAGAGAGAGAUAGAGAGAGCAUUUGAGGGUGUGUGAGUGAGAGAGAAUGAGCGCUGACAACCAUGAAAUGUACUUUGCAAUGCUUCAAAUAAAAGCUCUCCUGGUAAUAUGAGAGAAAUCCA